AUGUUCUACACCCAGCACAAGCUCAGCCUGGCACAAUAUGUUGAAGACUCGAUGAAAUACAUAAAUCCAGACUACAUUUCAUCCCCAGAAAUUGGUUUCUUGAAGACCCUUGAUGGAAAACUAAAGCAAGCGAAGACAAAGUUCAUUUUCCGGUUCCUAGGGGCAGAUGCAGUUGAACCUACAACCAAGGAAAAAUAUGGUUCACUCUUGGGAAAGCUUUCGAUGAUCAAGUCAUUUGCGGCGGGUAUUCUUGUUCCAAAAGAAUACAUAUGGCCUGUUACUAAGGACCUUUAUUUGCAGCCUGCCACUACUCUUGUAGCUGAUGCUCACAAACAAGGUCUUGAAGUAUAUGCUUCUGGCUUUGCAAAUGAUGUCAUGCUGAGUUACAAUUAUAGUUAUGAUCCAACAUCUGAGUACCUGCAAUUUAUCGAUAACUCCCAAUUCUCCGUUGAUGGGGUGCUUACUGAUUUCCCUUCUACUGCAUCAGAAGCCAUUGCAUGCUUAGCUCAGAAUAAGAAUGCCUCCAGGACUAUGAAAGCUUUGGUCAUAUCUCACAAUGGAGCUAGUGGGGAUUACCCUGGCAGCACCGAUCUUGCCUAUCAGAAAGCCAUAGACGAUGGGGCUGAUAUAAUUGAUUGUUCAGUCCAAAUGACAAAAGAUGGAGUUUCCUUCUGCUUGGAGACAGCCGACCUUACAGGGAAAACUACUGCAGCAGCUACUUUGAUGGACCGAUCUGCAAUGAUCCCUGAUAUCCAACCAAACCGGGGAAUUUUCUCAUUUGAUGUCACAUGGAACGAAAUCCAAUCUCUAAAGCCACAAAUUACAAGCCCUGACGUGCAAAGUAGCUUGCAAAGAAACCCUGCAAACAAGAACAAGGGCAAGUUUGUGACUCUUUCUGAAUUCCUAGAACUUGCCAAGACUAAGGCAGUUACUGGAGUUUUGAUUAAUAUUGAAAAUGCUGCCUACCUAGCAUCAGAGAAAGGUCUUAGCAUCACCGAUGCUGUCGCCAGUGCCUUGAGCAAUGCCACCUUUGACAAGCAAUCCACUCAAAAAGUACUAAUCCAAUCAGAUGACAGUUCAGUCCUAACAAAGUUUAAGGAUGUUCCAACUUAUCAGAGAGUAUUGAACAUUAAAGAGCAAAUAAGUGAUGCACCCAAACAGGUAGCGGAGGAAGUCAAGAAAUAUGCCGAUGCAGUGAAUGUCAUUAGAAAGUCCAUCAUUUUAGGCAAUUCAAUCUACUUUUCGACAUCCUUCACCAAUGUUACUGAAGAAAUGCAUGCAGCAAAUGUCUCGGUGUAUGUCUCAUUCCUCAGGAAUGAAUUUACCUCCCUCGCCUUUGAUUACUUCGCGGAUCCUUACAUUGAGCUUGCUACUUUUAUUGCUGGACAAAAAGUUGAUGGGGUCAUAACUGAUAAUCCAGCCACGGCCAAUGCAUAUAUGAGGAGCCCAUGUUCUAACAUAGAUGCCAAUAUCCCCUAUCCAAUCUUGCCAAUUAAGGCAGGUGAUCUUCUGGGGUUGGUUGACCCCCAGGCGCAGCCACCGGCCACAGCACCAAGUCCACCCCUUGAAGUUGCAGAUGUCGUUGACCCGCCCCUGCCUGCAGUGGCCACUGUCUCUGAGUCAAACUCCACGUCUUCCCCUCCUGCUCCUGCACCAGCCGGAACAAAAUCAAGCAGUCAAAGAACAGCUGUUAACACAAGUCUCUCUAUAGCAGCAAUUGUGGGGAUAAUUGGUUUGCUUAGUCUCAAAUUAUGA